GUGACGGGGGCGGAGACCGAGGCGACCGAAACCCAGAAAAUCUGAGACCUGAAUUUGCCGGGUUAAUUUUUGUCCAUUUUUUGUAAUUUUUUGAUAUUCCACAAUACACAUAAUGGAGGUGAAAAAUGAAGAAAGAUCGGACAAAUCUGAAAUCCACGAUAAAGCAUUUGAAUGGCUGGCAAGUCCGUCCUUGUGACCAAUACAAAGAUGAAUUAAGCGAGUGCACGAGUAUGAAAGGACGGUUCCAUCAGUACUUCAUUUAUGGACAGCCUCAAGACUGCAGUCAGUGGAAAGUAGAUUAUGAAAACUGCGGUAAAGCCGAAACAAAUGCCAAAGCAAUGAACGAAUUGGUAACAAGCGAGAGGAAGAGGUACGCGCAGCGAAUGCUGCCACACUUAAAAAACGACACAUGGGAGAACAGGAAGAGUCCUCCGGAAGACUGGAGUAAGCCUUUGCCUGAAUUCCUGCAGAAGGCCUAUGAAGGCUCUUAUUUGGAUCUUAAAAACAAGGAGCUCAAGCAAGACCCUGUGAAGUCAGUUUAUGAGGAAAGAACGUUGUGUGCGAUAAUGUAGUGAUUUAUCUGAUAGUGAUUUUGAUGUUUGUUAAAUUAUUAAAUCCUUAAUAGCCUUA